UUGUCUUCAGUUGAAACUAACCGCCUGCAGAGCGUAAAUAGUGAGCUGGUAAUUUGAACAUUUUUCUCCUCGAAAUGGACAAAAUACUCCUUUUGCUUGGUUUUGUAGCUCUCUUUGGCCUGGUCCAAAGCUACACCCUGCGAGAUAUCCUACGAGAGCGAGCUUUGAGACGCUACGACGCAUAUGAUAAAAAUGAGUAUCUCGACGCUAAAUACCAGAGGGAAUACGAUGCGUUAAGAGCUAGAGCUUUGAGGACCCUGCGUGAAUUUCAUCUGAGGCGCAUGUUCGACGCAAAUUUCAGAAUGGACGAAGACUGCAGGGAUGAUAACGAGCACUGCGCAGACGUCAUCAAAGAGUAUAAGAGCGAGUCAUAUGAUUAUUGUAAAGACACGGAUGAAAGUAUUCAGGAGUAUGUCAAGGCACAUUGCAGACUAUCCUGCGGUUUCUGUGUUGGUUCUGCCCCAACGAAAGCCCCAAACCCAGGAGGAAGUCGUGGUAGGUACUUCAGCUUUAUCCAAUUAUGAUUUAUGGCAGAGGAGUUUUUUUUG